CUCGCAUCAGGCUAUCUUCAAUGGCUUCGGUAUUACAGCUGAGCGUAUCGGGUUCUUUACUCUUGAUAAUGCCACCAACAACGAUACAUGCUUAGAUGUGCUCGGUAUGGUUUAUAGCUUUGACCCUAAAGAGAGGCGUCUCCCCGAUGUGGCCCCCCAUACCAUCAAUCUCUCUACGAAGUCCCUGAUAUACGGCUCGAGGACCGACGACUUUACAGCGCUAUUGAAUGGUCUUGAUGAAGGCGAACUUAAUAGUGACGCAGAGGAUGACGAUAAGUUGAUCCAGGGCUUGGUUGAUGAACUUGCGACUCGCCCAGGAUGGGACAACAUCAACCUAGACGCUGACGAUGGCGAUAACGAUAAGGAUACCGAAAACGUCGAUUCUCGUAUUGGCUAUGAUGUCGUCAAAGCACCUGAACAUCUCAAUGCCAAGUCCCUUGAUCAGUACCGCAAGGAUGGCCCAUUUGGCAAACUCCAUUGUUUUGGGGUCUGUCUUUCAAGAAGCAGUCAACUUACCUUAACCUUCGAGCGCAGUCCUCGCAGUACUGGGUAAAAAACUCUGUUUUGUUCACAGCGUCAAGACGCGAUGAGAAUCCGACGAGGCUAUGGCUAGCCGAGCCCUUGAAAUCGGUGAAAAGACAUUCGACCAGUUCCUUAAUACUGUCGAUAGGGAGUGCGACGUCAAUCAACCCAAGCCUGAGAUCCUCAAGUAUGGCCUUACUACCAAUGAUUGGCGCGUGAUCCGGGCUAUUCAGCUCGUAUUAAGGGACUUCGCAGUUAUCUCAAAAAGCCUGCAAUCGCGCGCUGUUGCCACCGAUGACGAGGAGGGCAAGGCCGGCGGCAUGUGGGAUUACUUCCCUUCAUUCGAGAUCUUGCUUGACCAUCUCGAGCGCUCUGCCAAUGAGGGCGUUGUCUAUAUAGAAAAGAGGUCUCACAAUGGUCAGCUAAAUGG